GUUCCCGGUGAGGGUGUGUAGUUUGUCAAAAGGGCCUAUUUUGUAAUCUAUGCCUGCAGUUAUAAUAUGUCCAGUCUGAAAAUUGUGUCACGGAAUGGUAGUGGUUGAGAUGGUUAUGGUGUAACAGACGACAUGAGCAUGUUGGACUCACGAUCAGUGACUGCGGAUAGACACCUCAUCAAGAGCAACGGAGUGCGGCCCCCACCCCACCACAUGGCCGCCAUGCGAUCACAUAGCAAGGCAGGUCAGGAUGACGUGUGCUAUGUGGUGGCUAAGUACGAUUACGCCGCGCAAGGCGCACAGGAGCUGGAUUUGCGCAAAAACGAGCGCUAUUUGCUGCUGGACGACUCCAAGCACUGGUGGCGAGUACAGAACGCUCGUAACCAAGCUGGCUAUGUGCCGAGUAACUACGUCAAGAAGGAAAAACCAUCCUUGUUUGACAGCAUCAAGAAAAAAGUAAAGAAAGGGGGAGGGGGCAGUAAGACGCUGCCCUCAAGCAGUUCACCUCACCGCGCGAUGGAGAGUCCAACGACAGCGCGGCGACUCCCAGCUGAUCCGUCAGAGGCCAUCGGAACAGCUGUUGUCAAAUAUAACUAUCAGGCCCAACAACCCGACGAACUUAGCCUCAUCAAGGGGACGAGAAUACUCAUACUGGAGAAGAGCAAUGAUGGGUGGUGGCGAGGUCAGAGCGGGUCGCAAGCUGGUUGGUUUCCUAGCAACUACACGCAGGAGGAGACAGAUGCGGACGACACAUUACACACGUACGCCAUGGCUGAGAAUGUGCUGGACAUUGUGGUGGCCCUCUACAGCUUUACGUCCACCAACGACCAGGAGCUGAGCUUUGAGAAGGGUGAUCGGCUGGAGAUACUGGACCGGCCACCGUCGGACCCUGAGUGGUACAAGGCAAGGAACAGUCACGGACAGAUCGGUCUGGUGCCCAGGAACUACCUACAGGAGUUGAGUGAAUACCUGACGCAGCCGCUACGUGAGCGUGUUGGAACGGGCGGCAGUGGAGGGGGUGGUGGGGGAGGAGAUAACUUACCUGACAGACCGCACCUGGUGGGCAAACCUUGGUACUACGGAGUCAUCACUCGGGCUCAGUGCGAUACCCUGCUCAACCAACAAGGCCACGACGGCGAUUUCCUCAUACGGGACAGCGAGACCAACAUGGGUGAUUACUCUGUGUCGCUCAAAGCGCCCGGCCGCAACAAACACUUCCGAGUGCACGUGGAAGGUGCGCUCUACUGCAUCGGCCAGCGCAAGUUCCACACUCUGGACCAGCUCGUGGACCAUUACCAGCGAGCGCCCAUCUACACCAACAAGCAAGGCGAGAAACUCUACCUUGUCAGACCUCUUCCGCGGUCCAACAACAACUGCUAAUCCGUUACCAAAGCCAGAACAGUUUAGUUUAGUUUUUUAUUGCUUGAAGCGUAUUUCAGUGUGAUUUAUUUAUUAAGUGAGCUGUGAAACGGACACGAGCUCCCUUCGUACAACGAUGUAUUUUGUUUUGAACGGCGGCUCAAAUUUUUUUAAAGUAAGAUUUUUAAUUUUCCGAGAGUAUUGUGCUGCUAGUCUCGACAGUGGAUGGACGGCCAGACAGGUUGUGAUGUGAUAAACUAGAAUGGUCCACGAUUCGAUGGAUUUUUAUAUGAUGGAAAUCGAUCGCUUUUUCCAAUUUUUGUAUCGGUCCUAAGACACGGCUUGCCGGUUUGUAAUGUAUUUUGUAUUUAAAAUAUAUAUAUUUUGUAGCAUUGUUACGAUUCGAGUGUAUAUGUGUUGUAUGAGUGUGCACAUUUUUCGAUGUUUAGUUUUUAUAAGAUCGUCCAAAGCCUUGGUUAGUUGUAUUAUUUAGCUUAUCACAUUUCUUCGACACCAGUAGUGUUCUUUAUUUAGUAUUUUCCAUGACUUGUACGCGUAGUUUUAUUUUCAUCUGCUUUUUAACUCUUUUUUUCAUUGUAGUAUUUUAGUUUUACCAAUGUACGAGGCUUGUGAUGAUUAGACUAAAAUGUGUACAAUUGUAACCAUCGGAUAUGUUUUGACUAAUCCAGUAGAAAUGUUCAGUUUUCAGUUUGUAUACAACUAAUACUUCUUAGCCAAUUAAAUACCUGAUUUCUGUUUUACUAACCAAAAGUAGUUAGCAUAGAUUCUGAUCUGAACUAAAAGCACCCAAUUAGUCAAUCAUCAAAAGCCUAAUGCAGCAGGAAGAGAGUCGUUUUGUUUGAUGUGAAGAAGACAUCACCUUUCAACUGGCCGAAUCUCAGAGUUUGGAUAUUAGUCUGAUUAGUGUAGUAAAAAAUUAAUUAAUGUUGUCAUAUACUGAGAACUUGUACCAGUAAGUCCGGCACUAUCAAAAUAGUGUUUGCUUUUAAAAAAUACUCCAGAUGCUGUAUAUUCAACCUGUGUGUUAUUUAUUGCGAAGAAGUUUUAUUUAUUGUGUGAGACACUAAGUUUUGUUUGUUUUAAUCUAAUGGUAUUAACCCAGCGGCUGCAAAGUUGAAUAGUUAAAGAAUGUUAUACAGUGAUAAUUGCUUGAAGUUAGCAUGAUACCGAGAGUAAAAUGUUCUGAGUUUAGUGGACGCUGCAGUGAAAAUAUUAUUUCUUUCUGAUAUUCAUAGCUAUCUUGUUUUAACGAGAGUACUCCACAUUGGAGCUAUUGUUAACAUUGCAAAUAUUUAAAUUAACAACAUUAUCUGUGCUCAUUUUUUUGUCACCAUUGAUUACUCUCGAUAUUUAUGUUUUUAAUUGUUUUUAACAAUCAUUUAAUAUUUUAGAAUCAUAAUUUUGUUAGAAAUGCAUAAAUAUUUAGUUAGUUUACUUACCUUUUAUUAUUUUGUGUUCCAUAAUAUGUUAACAAAAAUGGUUUGUUAAAUUGUAAAACCUUUUUUUACUACACCGCACAAAUCUAUUCCUCCAAAUUUGAACAUGGCCUAUUUGAUAGAAUAUAGAUGUGUGAAUAUUGAGCAAUGAUAAAUAAAUUACAGACUUAGAAUUAAUUUUUAUAACAUUCAAAUAUAGAACAAUCCAUAAACAAAUUUUCUUGUUGAAAUUUAGUCUUCUAUUCACAUAUUUUUGUGUAACUACAAAAUUAAUGCUGUAUGAUCAAUAGUAACAUAUCACAAAACACGGUGAUUCAGUCUUGUUUUAAAACAUUGAUCUACAAUAUCACUAAAGAAGCAAAGUGUAAAUAUUGGGCAUGGUAAUUAAUUAAUUUUUUGGUCAUGGUGUAAAAGUAAAUCGUAAAUCCUAUGACUUUAAAUGCAUUUUACAACAUUAAAAUUACUUGUUUACUCAUGUAAAUAUACUUUUACAAUUUGCAUACUAUUCAUAUUGUUCUUUCAAUAUAAAAAAAAAAAUUGACUGGUUGGAAAAUAACAUGUGAAGCAGGAAUAAGUUUUAAACAAUAAAAAAAUUAUUUGUAGUUUGUCUUACGAGUGAUACAACCAAACAAAAAGAUGUGAAGUUAGCAGACAGCAGAACAGCUCUUACUUUCGUAAGCGUUUUAACCUAAAGACGAGAAGGAUGAUAUCGGUUUGUCAUAUAAAAAAUAUAUUUUAUUGACCAUUGAAUGGACUUAGUUUCGAUUGUUCGUUAUUUUUUUCUUUGUGUCAGCUAUUCAAUAAACAAUUGAGUGAUCAGUAUGAUCACGAACGAUAUCUAUUCUCAUCAUCCCUACGCGGCGAUACGAAAAACUGCUCACUGCCCACGUGAUUCAAUGUUCAUAAACAUACUUGGUUUUUCACUCACAAAACAAACUGUACAAAUCACAUUGCACAUAAGAUUUACUAGCUUGUCGUUGGUUUGUAUUGCCAUGGACUUACCAACACAAGUAGACAACUCAUCCCAUUGUAAAUUUUAAAACUCGUUUUUUGUGUCUAGUUCAUGUCCGGUGACACUGAUCCCUAGUGUUGACAAAAUUUUGUUACUAUUAUUUUUUAUGAUUAGAUCAUUUCAUUUGGUUAAACGAGGUUUUAAAUGACAAGAACAAAUUGUAAACAGAAAACGACCCCUACAGUGCACCGAACAGAACUAAUAGUAAAAUUUUCUUUUACUGAUCUAUAAGGAUGAUAAAUCUACUUAGGGAGUGAGUAUGUUUUAUCUGGGAUUGCUUACAGUCGGUGGCGAGCCAUGAAGAGUAAAUAUUAAUAUAGCCUACAAAAACCCCUCUAAAAAGCAUUCCAUUUUUAGUCUCAACUGACACAACUCAGCCUAACAUUUUUUACAUGUAAAUCUUCCUUAAUCCAUUUUACUCAGGGAAAGAAAAUUUGUGUAUGUAGCUAAGUAGUUAAUCGAUUGCAUUUCAUAGGCUAGGCUGAGUAUUAUAUUACGCUGAUUUUAAGGUUGAAACAAAACUAGUUAAGAAGACAAGAUAAAUUUACUAGCAAUGUGGAAACUAAAUUUGUUUUUCAAAUGAAGCCAAGCGCUGCUCAAACCUUUUUAUUUGAGAGGUAAAGUAAAUUUAAGCUUAAAGAUACAAUCUGACUUUUCGAGACUGGAAAUGAAACAAUAUGUCUGAAUUUAUCUGAUAAAUGGUUUGUGUAAUGAAGAGGCCUAUAGGUUUUUACAUUUGAUACUUUUCUAUCGUAGGAUGCUCUUGAAACAUUUGGAUACGACCUUGCACUGAUGGGCCUCGGUGACCUUGUUUCGAUUUCCAUAGUGUACAGUAUUCGAGUGCUUUUUCAUGUCACCUCUUAGCGUAAGCGUUUAAAAUAUGUUUUGGCUUCCUUACUUGAGACUAAUGUAUAGAAUGAGCUUGAGAACAAUUAUUUUAUACUUUGCUUUUAUUAGUUUGUUUUGUUCACCAUCUUAGAAUCAACCCAUGUGCAUUUUUUCUACAGUUACUCCAGAACAAUUUUACAUCACUAUUUAUUUAUGAAGUCUGGUUCCGAAGACAUGAUCUUGUGGUGUCGCUAUGUGUGCAUCUGUCUGUGGCACAAUCCAUAUGUGAACGGUUAACUAAGGUAGGACUGAGCCACUGAGUUUGCCUAGUAUGCUGAUGUAUUUAGUAUGUCAGUUACCAUUACGUUUGUACAAAGUGUCAUACAAGUUCCCCUAUGUGUGUUGCCAUAAAUGUGGCUUUAAUAUUUAAUAAGUUCAUUGAUAUUACGUUAAGCUGAAAUUUUGUAAAGGAUGUUCUGAGGCAUUUAUCUCGUAAAUGUUUUGCGAUGUGAUUCAUGGUAAAAACUAACUCAAAAGUAUAGAUUUGUAUAAGUAUUUUUUUAUGAAAACUUCUGUGUGAAUUUGGUUGAAAUGAUAAAUUGCAGCAUUCAUUUUUGUCUGUGGUUGUGAUUAGCAGUAAUUUCUGUAAAAUUGAAAAAUGUCUAAGGUUUUAUAAAUACCACGAUUAGAGAGCUGAAUUUAUUUAUUUAAAUUUGGAGUUUAGUCUAUUGUUCAAAAAGUAUUUAUACUGAAAUAUUUUCACGCUCAAUAAUUUUGUUACUAUUUUUGUGUAGAUUAAAAUCUGAAUCUGGUGACUUAUUUUGUAAAAUGUACUAUAACUUGUUAAAUAAAUUGUGUCUUUCAACAACCAGUAAUAAUUUGAGAUUAGUAGUUCAAAACAGCUUGUAGAAUUUUACAGCAACUCAGUUUACUUUCUAGUCACUUGACGAAAUACUCAGCAUUACUGUGGCAGAAGAACAAAAUGUUAUCUUCAAGCUCAGUUCUAUAAAAACUGUAUGAUUAAUACAUUGUAUUUAAGGUAGCUUAAUUUGUAUAAUAUUCAAUAAAUUAAAUAAAUAUUUGAAUAUUGUA